GUGCCGGAAUUGGCUGGUAUCUCUUUCAACGUCAUCUCCGAACUGUUUCCCCGCCUCCCUCCCCCCCUUGUAGGCUACUAUUUGACCUCGCGUGUCAGAGGUCUCCGCGGCCUCCUCUCCGGAGUCAGGCUGCGGCUUUGCGGGUGUGCCGCUCGGGGCUUCCUCCCUGCCUCCUGAGGUGGAAAAUUUCCACGUGUGGGUUUACCGUCCUUAACUAAAGAUGCAUCCUGACUUAUCUCCACACCUGCACACUGAGGAAUGUAACACUUUAAUUAACCUAUUAAAAGAAUGCCACAAAAAGCACAGUGUCCUGAAAUUUUUUGGUCACUGUAAUGAUCUUGAUCGUGAGAUGCGGAAAUGCCUUAAAAAAGAGUAUGCAGAAAGGAGAGCCAAAAGCAGAGAAUUUGGAGAAGCUAAGCGACGGAAAUUUUCUAAUAUUUCAGAAGAGUCAGAGAAUUGAGUUUUGCUUUCACUGCACAUCUUGACUGAUGAAUGAAUAUCUGGACAUUUAGCUAGUAGCUGGAAAAAUGUCACUAUGUUUGAAUUCAAUGUCACUUAAAUAGUGACCUCUUUUAUUAACUACAGAGAUAUUUAGAAACUGCUAGUAUAAGAUUCUUGUGGUUACAAGACUACAAGACUGAACCUUCCUGGCCAUCAACAAAACAUCAACAUUUGAAUAAUGGCUAUUUUUUAAUUGCCUAAGAAAAUCAUUUUUCUCUUAGGGUUUACUAACCUUCAGAAGAGGGAUAAGGAGAGGUGAAGGAGAGAUAUUGUUUAUCAGCCUUCCCUUCAACGCAACAUAAAAAAUAUUUCACUUCAAUACCUGAAAGUGUCAUUGUUCCAUUUAUAAGACCUCAGCCAACUUUUACACCUUAGUAAACAGUUUUCAUGAGUUGUGGCUGAAAAAAUAUUUUUUUAAUAGGUAGUAGAAUAUGCUGAGCCACGGAGAGUCCUGAGAAUCUUUAGAUGAAGAUAAAAAUGUUUUGUCUUAUCUGUACAUUUUCCUCAGUGAUUAAAAAUUUGUAAUACAAA